UGAUUACAGCGCGCUACAUACAGACGAGAAACUUGCGGGGCGGGAGUCGGUCGCACCUGUUUUGCCUGCGUGAAGAAGUACGCCGCUUCUACUAGGAACGUGCGACGGGAGCAAGAGGAUAUUUCUUUGCCAAGGACAGGCUCAGCAAUGGCGGGGACAGCUUUCGGCAAGAGCGGACGAUUUUCUCUUUGGACGGCCGCGGUGAUUUGGGCAGCCCUGCUACACGACGUGACGGGAGUGAUCAUUGUUGAUGUGGGGGAUCCGGUCAGGAUAAAGCGCGGAGACGACGCCGUCCUCUUCUGUAACUACUGGGGCAUCCCCAUCGAUCAGGCGGAAAUAGAGUGGCACUUCCGGUCAAGUUCGUCCAUCACCGCGCCAAGACAACAGAUUUUCCAAUACCGAGCUGACGGAAACAUCGAGCACGCCUACGGGAACUUUGACGGGCGUGUGACGAGGGGAGACCGCGCCUCGCUGCAGAUCAGGAACAUCACCGACACCGACGACGGCGUGUACGAGUGUGAAGUGGGCGCCGUCGGACAACCGUCGGCUACGAAGAGUAUCCCGCUCACCGUGUUAGUGCCGCCUUCCACCGUUGAGAUCACCGGCUGGGACUCCCAGUCUCCUUUGCGCGCGGGGGACCCCUUGCGGCUGUCGUGUACAACUACAGGCGGCAAGCCCGCGCCUCAGAUCACGUGGCUUAGAGGGGACACUGACGUCACACCGCAGGGGCCUUCACCCACGCCUUUCCCGGACUCAACACGGGUGACCCUUGACCUGCAGAUUGCGUCCCUGUCUAAGGAUGACCACCAGGCGAGGUACACCUGCAGGAUCACGCACGAGACGCUGGGCAGCCCGCUGGAGAAAACCAUGCCUCUCGCCGUGCAGUAUGCGCCCAUCAUCAGCAUCACGUCCAACCCGCCUGUGACGAAGGAAGGAGAGCCCGCCACGCUGGUGUGUAACACGGACAGUAACCCCGCCAUACGCAACUACCAGUGGCUCAAGGACGGCAGGACGGUAGCAGGCGGAACCGGGAAGCAGCUGACGAUCACGAACCUGCAGCGGACCGACACGUCCGUCUACACCUGUCAGGCCAUCAACGACGUCGGCAGCGGCAGCGGGAACUUCACGCUAAACGUAGCCUACCCUCCCAAGAUCACGACGACGGCCAUCCAGGGCGAGAAGCCGGUCAGGCUGGGGGAUCGGGUCAGCUACAAGUGCCAGGCGGACGGCAACCCCGCACCCACCGUGUACUGGAGGGUCAAGGACACCAAAGUCAGGUUCGGGACGAGUAACACCCUGACGUUCCCGUCCGUGAGGUACCAGGACGAGGGGAGGUACGAGUGCGUCGCCAGCCAACAGAGCUUCACCUCCAACGACACGAUAGAAACAUUCAUCAACGUCAAAGGCCAGCCGUUCAUCGAGCAGGCCAGGGGGGCCGUGCGGGCCCAGGCAGGCUCCAAGGCGAAGCUGGAGUGCGAAGUGUACGGAGACCCUCAACCGGACCUGGUGUGGGAGGGGCCGGACGGGAGGGUGGAGGUGUCAGACGGGAGGGGAAACGUGCAGUCUGAGUACAUCAUAGAACAACAGGUCAUAACGCCAGACGCAAAGAUCAAGGGCGUCCUCACGAUUAACUCGGUGGAGGAGAAACACUUCACCACCUACACGUGCACGGCAACCAACAGCGACGGCGACGCCUACAAGCAGAUAGAGCUGCAGAAAGCAGGAACAAAACCUCCCAAAUCGGGCGGCCGCAGCCAGGCGACCGGCUUACAGAGCCCGCUGUCCAUCAUCGUGGCUGUUAUCGUGGUGGUCGUGGUCGUCGGACUCAUCAUUCUCGGCGUGCUGGUCUGGUGGAGGAACAAGCGGAAAGUCAACAAGGAGAGCGCACCAAUCAACACGGCUGAAAAGGGCGUGAACGGCAAGGCGGCCAUUUCAAAGCCACCCAUGAUGAACGACGGGCCGACCGACCGUGAGAUACAGCGCAUGACGCACGCCCCGCCUCCGUAUGACCACGAGCCCAGAUACAGCACCGGAUCUCUCAGCAGAUACGACAGGACCCUACAGGGCAGCCCCUACAGCCCAACCGGCAUAUACCAUAGCGGCUACACGGACGACAAGUUCUUCGGCACGGACCUGGAUGUGGACCUGUCCGCCCGCUCCGGUGGAUCCCGGAGACCAUACUAUGGCACUUCGGACACCAGCUUCGUAUAACAUCAGCCCCCUCCCCCAUCUAACCCCCUCCCCCUUCCUCCCAUCUGCGAAAGGCAGAACAAUUUUGUACGUAGGUCUGCUGUUGUCGUGUCUAUCGUGAUGCACAGCUGUCAAUCAAGCAUAUCGUUUCUGUGGUAUCAUCAAUGAGUAUGGAUACGGUCAUGCAUCAUGUCUUCACUUUCACGUGAACAUCACGUGAGCAUCACGUGAAUGAACGUAUCCUAUCUAUAUCUUCAGGCAGUUUUUUAGCUUUAUCAAAUUUGAAGCCGCUUAUCGCAAACUACCAUGAAAAUAUCAGGAGAAGGAUUGCUUCCACAAAUUUCUGUGUACAUGAUCUCUACAACAAAAACCUUAAGCGCAGAAAACAACACAUUGCUCUCAUAUCUUUCCAGCCAUUUUCUAGUCAACUGCAUUUCAAACCACAUUUGUGAGGUCCUUCGUUUCCAUGACUACGCAAUGAUUGGCAGCUGUUUCUCACGAUGCUGACAUCAGGAUAGUCGCUCUCUCCUGUGUGUAUGCAAACCCUCUGCUAUAAAUUAGACCAUCAUUGUAAUGUAUUCUCCUAAAGAAGAAAGAAAUUUUGUAUCCACUCUGCCGGUAUAUCUGCUACAAAAUGUGCUUAAAAAUCCUCUCUACUGUUGUGGAGAGACUUUUCUACGUCCUGUACCUGUGACCGUGGUGGUGUAUAGGCGACGGUGGUUAGAGCUACGGGUAGGCAGUAUUGCUAGUUUUUAGACUUAGGAAUCGGCGGCCAUUUUCGGCUGCUAUUAAAAGUGUUUCGGACUUGUGAUGAACAGAUAGUUCCUUAUCCUGGAAGCCAGCCUUUUUUUUAGUUUCAGUACGCUCGACUAGUCACAAAAAGACAGUAUCAAAUUGG